AUGGCCAUCGACACGCGGACGGAUCAGAUCAGGGAAUGGAGGUCAAUCGUGACGUUGAUUGUCUUCUUCCUCGCGAACAUCGUCGUACUGUUCCCCUUCCACAUCCCAGUCUAUAUUCCUGUGCGACUGUGGGAUGCGGUGUUGAAGGUGCUCCGCGACUUGCGCGUGAUACCACGGCAGGAUGCCACUCACGAUGACUUCAAAGAGGACCGUUUUGGGGGUAUAACCCCUCGACGCAAGCGAUUCGUGCGCUUCGAGUUCCCAAUGAACUCAAUCACUGCGCCGCUGAUCGCCGACCUGUUUCUCCUUGCCAUCUUGGCAAUUGGCAGAGAGGAAGUGUAUGAUGGGACCAUUGGUCAAAACGGCAUUCACCCUCUCGAUAUCAUGGUCUUUUUUCUGACGCUGGCGUACAUUGCCAUUUCGAUUGACGCCUCGGGACUCAUUCGCUAUUUGGCGCUGAGGGUGCUUCAAUGGGGAGGCAAGAUCGGCUACCGGUUGUUCUUCUACCUCUACGCCUUCUUUUUCUGUCUCGGGACCUUCAUCGGCAAUGACCCCAUCAUCCUAUCCGGCACAGCUUUCCUCGCAUACAUGACCCGGAUCUCGAACAACAUCAAGUACCCGAGAGCGUGGAUAUUCACCCAAUUCUCCAUAGCCAACAUCGCCUCGGCCAUUCUCGUGUCGUCCAACCCGACCAAUCUCGUGCUUGCCGGUGCCUUCGAUAUCAAGUUCGUCGAGUACACGGCGAAUAUGGUUGUGCCAGUCGUUGUCACAGCCAUUGUCUUAUUCCCGUUCCUUCUCUACAUUAUAUUUGCAGAUAAGAAGCUCAUCCCGGAGUCUAUUGAGAUGUUCCAACCGCCAGAAGAGGCUAUGCGAUCGAAGCCCGUCAACCCCAACAUUCCAAAUCCCCGGGGAGCCGCAAAUACUGCCGAUCAAGCGCCCGAGAGCAGUCCGCAAGCCCAGUUGCUUUCAGCCAUUGAGAUCCUGAACCCCUGGCUCGACAAGGGAGGAGCCGCCUUUGGCGCCGUCGUCAUGUCGGUGACCCUCGUGACAGUACUGGCUCUGAACGCCGCAAAUGUCAAGCCGAAGGGUGGCCAGCAUCUGCAAGUCUUUUGGGUAACAUUACCAGCCGCUUUCAUCAUGCUUUGCUGGGACUUGGCGUUCGGCUGGUACCAUAGGAAAGAUACUCGCAGGAUAGCGCAACAGGGACGAGAGGGACAAGAUGAGGCGCGCAUUAGAGCAGAGCAGAUGGCAAGGGAGAAUGAUAAUUCGGGCAUAUUGAACCAAGAAGGCACGGGCUUGGGCGAAGGCACGACAGAGAUAUCACCGCUAUCAGAUGCGACCAGGCCACAAAUUCACGUUCAAGAUACCGAUCUCUUGGAAGACAAGGGACGCCUUGAAGUUGCGAACGAGGAGGUUUCACCUGUCAGUAAAGACAUCAGCACGAACACGUCGGAUCGGAGCGCCGCCGCCGCUGCGGAAAUCAUGGUCACUCCAGCAAUUCCAGCACCGGAGAGCAGCGAAAAUGUGACCUGUAAUGCAGGCCCGCAGCUCGAAUCGUCACAGUCUACGGCUGUCGAUAGGACAGAGCAGUUUAGAACAAGCAGACCGCCGAGCGAGGGCUCUAUUACGGAGAGUAGGAAACGAACUUUGCCAGUUGCGGACACUGGACCUAGCGAAGUACACGGGGCAUUGCCCGACGGUGUCAGGGAUGUUGAGAAGGCAGUCAUUGGAGGACAAUCUGGCCGAAGCUCAAGUGUUUGCUCCAAAAAGCAGCCGGCGACGCUGGUAUCGCGCUUCAGGGAUGGGUAUCGCUGGUCGCAGGAGACAUUCCCCACGGUGAUGGCGGUGCUAGCCCAUCUGCCCUUCGCCCUCGUACCUUUUGCUUUUGCCAUGUUCGUCCUCGUACAAGCUCUGGUGACCAAGGGCUGGGUGCCAGUAUUUGCGUAUGGAUGGGACCACUGGGUGGAAAAAACGGGAACUAUUGGCGCCAUCGGCGGCAUGGGGUUCCUCUCAGUCAUACUCUGCAACUUUGCGGGGACGAAUAUCGGUACCACGAUCUUGCUCUCCCGCGUCAUCCAGGCGUGGCAGCAGAUCCACAGGGAGAACGGCGUGCCCAUCAGCGAGCGCACGUUCUGGGCGACGGUCUACAGCAUGGCUCUCGGCGUCAACUACGGCGCCUUCAGCACCGCCUUUAGCGCGUCGCUGGCCGGUCUGCUGUGGAGGGAUAUUUUGGAGAGGAAGCACAUUUUCGUCAGCAGGAGGGACUUUGCGCGGGAGAACAUACCCAUCAUCGCCAUUGCUAUGACGGUCGGUUGCACGGUUCUGGUGGGUGAGAUUUACAUUACGCGGAAGGACACGCCGUAUCCGCUCUGA